AUGGCCGAAUCUCCAUCACGACAUCUUGGAUUUGGCAAUUCUGGGAAGAGUUUUCUUAUAGAUAAUCUGCUUCGGCCUGACAAUAAAUCAGCUCCUGCCCGGUUCAUACCUGCUGCCAGCCAGGAAAGAUGCCUUUCUACGCUGGUGUGUGGGACACUGGGACUGACUCCGAAAAGCUCCUGGGUGCCUACACAUGGGGCUCAUCCGAGUAACACUCCACAAGAGAUAGCGAGAGAGACACUCAAGACACAUUCAGUAUUGAGUGGUGUGCUGCUGUCUGCUUCUCCAUUCGUUCACCCAUGCUAUGGUGGCUCCAGCCCACUGACGUGCUCUCCUCCUCUCCUCUGCAAAGGAACAAGCCCUGCAGUAUGGAGUUCAGGCCCAUGCCCUAAACAACACAGAGGAAUCCUGAGAAGAGCUGUGUUCUCUGAGCAGCAGAGGAGAGAACUUGAGAAAACGUUCCGCAGACAGAAAUAUAUCAGCAAGACAGAUCGCAACCGACUUGCCACAGAACUCUGUCUCAAGGAAACACAGGUAAAGAUCUGGUUUCAGAACCGCAGAAUGAAGUGGAGAAACUCGAAAGAGAGAGAAAGCCUGAGCUCACGGCCCCCUAUGGAGGAGCUUCUGUUCAGGAGUAUUCCAGAAAAAGAAGGAGAAACAUGGCAUAUGCAAACAUUUUCCAGAGGAGUUCGCCACACAUCCGAAACACCUGCUAACAAACACUUGAAAGCUCUCACACACCUGGCUGCUAGCAGAUUUCAGAAAUAAGAGAUGUACACUUUAAUCAAACAUUUUAAACAUUUAGGAUUUGUUAAAGUAGAGCCUCGUUAUUACAGAAAAGGAACAAGAAUUUAAUAAGGAUAAACUAAAACCUUCUACCAGAGACACAUCUUUCUUUUAAUAUAAGUACUAAUUAAAUUUCAUAACCGAAUGGGACAAAAAGCAAAUCAAACCUACAGAUAUAAGAUUCAGCACUGCAAUAAUGUGCAACAAGUAGCUAGUGAUCGAGGUAUUGAUAACUUCCACUAAAAUAACUGCUUAUAAAACACUCCUGUAACUUUUCAAUGUCCCCAAUUAUUCAUCUAGAAGAGCAAUAACACAUAGUCUUAGCCCCAGGGUGAAAUAUUAAGCAACUAGAUAGAGAUUGAAACUAUUCAGGUACAAGUGUGGACUAUAUGCAUGAACCCAAAAAAAUGCUCAAAAUAUAGGGUGUUCAAAAAUGUUUGACUAUCAGAAUAUAUGCAAGCCUAUACAGCAUGGACAGAAAAUUAUCAGACCCCUUCAUGUUUUCCAUAUUUUGUUAUGAUUCACACUCAUUUUAAAAUGGAUUUUUUUCCCCCUUAUCAUUUUCUCAUAAUUUUCUCAUCAUCAUUCUACACACAGUAGACAAAUACUAAAUGGCAAAGUAAAAACAGGUAUGUGGAAUGUUUUGUUAAUUUCUAAAAAUAGUUUUCAAAUAUAAAAAAAAAUUAUAAAAUAUCCAAUUCACAUAAGUAUUUAGACCCUUUGUUAUGGCACUUGCAAUUGAGCUCUGGUGCAAUCUGACUCGUUCACUAAAAGGCACAUGACAGCUGGCUGGGAGAUUGCCAAGAAACAGACUUGGACACCAUUCACUGGAAAGGGGAAAAUGGAGGUGGAAUAAUAAAGAGUCAUCCUGAGUGAGUGGGGCUCAGGAUCUCAGGCUGGGACAAAAGUUUACAUUUCUACCACACAUCAACCCAAACCCUCAGAAAACCACCGGAAAACACAGGAGUGGCUUCAGAACAACUCUGUAAAUGUCCUGGAGUGACCCAGCCAGAGCCCGAACCUGAACCCAAUAGAGUUCUCUUCUCUGGCUGUUCUCAUUCUAACUGUUUGAGUUUAAAGCAUUCUGAAAAAAAAAGAAAGAUAAAGAAAGGUGUGCCAAACUUGUAGCUUUGUUCCAAAGCAGACUUGAGGCUGUCAUUGCUCCCGGAGCUCCUUUAACCACGUACUAGGUUAGGGGUGUGAAAACUUAUAUAAAUAUGAUAUUUCAGUCUAUUUUUUCUAUAAAAGAACAAAGUACAUUAACCACCUGUUUUUAUUUCCUUUCAUUGUCAUUUUUAUUGUCACUAUGAAGUGUUGUGUGUUGAGCAAUGACAAAUGUAUUGGAAUCCAUUUUAAGAGGAGUGGAAAAUAUUAAAGGGGUGUGAAAACUUUCUGUCAACACUGUACAUCUUCCUUCCAUCAUUUCUUAGGAAAUUACUUAAUACUUGACUAAUACUCAAGAAAAGAAAAGUGUAUUAUACAUGCAUUACUAAAAUGUGUAAAUAUGUUUUUCUAAAGUUUUUCCUCUGACAGCCAAAGCUGG